AUGAGCUACAACCCAAGGGGUGAUCUUGAGAGGUUCCUGGCAGAAGACAUCGGGAGCGGUGACAUCACAAGCGAUCUCCUCUCCCCUGGAACGAUGUCUGCGAGGAUCGUCGCAAAGGAGGCGGGCGUCCUGGCAGGCAUCGGGUUUGCGGCCCAGAUAUUCGAGAUCGGCGGAGCGUCGGCGUCGGCCACAUGGGGCGACGGGGAUGCCAUUGAGUCAGAUGACGUGGUGCUGGAGGUUGCAGGCACCGCACGCGCGAUCCUCUCGUCUGAGAGAACCGCCCUCAACCUGCUCUCCAGAAUGAGCGGCAUAGCGACACAGACCCGCGCCCUGACAGAGAGGAUCAGGGGCAGCGGGGCGGAGAUCUUUGCCACAAGAAAGACCGCCCCGGGGCUCCGGUACUUUGACAAGACUGCAGUGGAGAUUGGGGGCGGCCGGCGACACAGGAUGGCGCUAGACGAGAUGGUAAUGAUAAAGGACAACCAUCUUGCGGCAGGAGCGGUACUAGAGGAGGUCAUCCCCCUGGCAAAGAAGAGACACCACAGAAUCGAGGUGGAGGUUGAGAGCACCGCUGACGCCAUCACGGCGGCAGAGUGCGGCGCGAACAUCAUAAUGCUGGACAACUUUACCCCGGAGCAGGUGGCCGCGGCCCUGAGGGCCCUAGAGGACGGCGGGCUCCGGGGCCGGGUCAAGGUGGAAGCGUCAGGCAGAAUCAACGAGGAGAAUGUCGCCCUCUAUGCCAGAACCGGUGUGGACAUGAUAUCGUCUGGGGCCAUCACGAGCUCGGUCAGGGGCAUAGACUUUAGCCUGGAAGUCUAG